AUGUUGCUCUCUCGUGGUCUUUUUGCCCCGGUACUCAUCCCUUUCCUUCUAUUAGGCGGCACUCUUGCCAACGACGCCCUUGAACGAGCAGAAGAAGGUUUGCGCACGCUGCAAGACUUUUACAACGAUGGCACUGGGAUGUGGAAUACCAUCGGAUGGUGGAAUGGCGCGAAUUGUAUGACUGCGAUCGCAGAUCUUGCUUUAAUUGAUCCAUCAGUGGUGGGGACCGCAAACUACGUCUUCAACAACACUCUCAACAAGGCACCAUCCUCCAACCCCAAACCAGGUCCCGAAGUGAAGGCCACCUCGAAACGUUCUGUAUAUUCCAGAACUGGUAACUCUGCGAAUGCCUCACAGUGGCUAGACUCUGCUUAUGAUGAUGACGCGUGGUGGGCCCUUGCAUGGAUUGCUGCAUACGAUGUUACGGAGGAAAAUGCCUAUCUAUCGCUGGCCGAAGGUAUCUUCGAUGCUUUGACCAAGGCUUGGGGAACUCGGUGCGGCGGGGGCGGCAUACCAUGGAACCCCACGGACGGAUACAUCAAUGCGAUUACGAAUGAAUUGUUUCUCUCAGUGGCAGCGCACCUAGCUAAUCGUGUUCCAUCAAGAAAGAAGGAUUAUGUGAGUUGGGCGAUCAAAGAAUGGGACUGGUUCACCGCUCAAGGAUUCAUUGGUCAAAACAACACAAUCAAUGAUGGAUUAUUGGACAACUGCCAAAACAACGGUGCUACAGUAUGGUCCUAUAAUCAGGGGGUUGUCCUUGGUGGACUUGUCGAGUUGAAUAAAGCAGCCCCGAAAGACGUCUACCUAGAAUCUGCAAAUGUUAUUGCAAGAGCUGGAAUCGAUACACUCGCUGAUUCGAACUACGUUAUUCACGAUUGGUGCGAGACCACCGAUUGUGAACCAGAUGCAACUCAGUUCAAGGGAAUAUUCAUGCGCAACCUACAAAUGCUGCAUCGAGCGUCACCAAAUGAGAUCUACAAAAAGGUUAUACAAAAUUCUGCGAACAGCAUCUGGGCAAACGAUCGGAACGAACAGGGCCAAUUCGGUGUGAACUGGGCUGGUCCUCCUUCCUCCGGAAAAAUAGAUGCCUCUACACAUAGCUCAGCCUUUGACGCACUAGUCGCCGCGGCGGCAAUUUAA